GGCUGCAGAGAUGAAUAAACAAAGAGGAACCUACUCUGAAGUGAGUCUGGCCCAGGAGCCAGGGAGGCAGCAAAGGAAACUUAAGGGCAAUAAAAGCUCCAUUUCAGGAACCGAACAGAAAAUAUUCCAAGUAGAAUUAAACCUUCAAAAUGCUUCUUCAGAUCAUCAAGGGAAUGACAAGACAUAUCACUGCAAAGGUUUACUGCCACCUCCAGAGAAGCUCACUGCUGAGGUCCUGGG